AUGACUUCACAGCUCUCCGAGGCGCAAGCCCUCCAAAAGGAGAUCAGAGGUAUGGAGCUCGAGCUUGCCAGGAUCAAAGCUACCUACCCUCCGGAGAACCGAAUGACCAUCAGCCGAGCGACCGAUACUCUGGACGCUCAGACAGUCGAGUUGGGACAGCUUAUGGACGAUAAGGAGGCAGUACAGGUGGAAGCGGAUCGGACUAGGGGCGAAGUUGCUAGGAUCGCCAAGGAUGUUCAACGUCUCGGCAGAGAUCGAGAGAGAGAAGAGGCAAAGGCGAAGGAAGUCCGAGAAGGAAGAGAGGCGGGUGACACAAAAGUGGACGAUAUCUGUCGAUGGCUAUCGUCAUCAAUGUCCUUUUACCGCUCUCUUCUUGGCAUCCGGUCCGUCCAGGCCGCGACCGACAAUGAGCUGCAUCUCGUGUACGACGUCCCUAACGGCCCAGUCACCUUGGCCUUGGCUUUUGACCCUCUGAUAAAACGUCUGUCUGAUGCUACUCUGAUUGGAAGCGACUUGGAUGUUGCUGAGGCGGUCAGCGUCGCCAUUGGCAACAACGACGUACCCGGUCUGAUAGCAGAUGUGUUGGUGCGUCUGAGGACAUGA